AUUUGGUGCUCUCAACGUUUCCUUUUUAUGUUUUCUAGAUUUAUCAAUAUACGAAUCAUCUAAAGCUUAAAAUUUUAGUUAGCAGAUUUUCUAGGCUUCAGAAAUUCAAACAAGUGAGCAAUUAGUGCACAGGCUUCAGAAAUCGAGACACACCAUCAGAUUCUAUGAGUUUAGUGCACACACAAAGGUUGUUUAGAGAUUAUUGUUGAUGACAGAAGGAGAAUAAGAUGAAAAAGUAUCGUCGAGGUUUCGUGAUUACUGAUGCCUUCUCUGUAUAAUUGACGAGUGUAAUAUACGGAGUAUUGUGUAAGGGCAGAAUAGAUAUUUAAAAUAUUUUGUGGCUGUAAUUAGUAAUUUGGUGGCUGUGAAUAGAAUUAACCUUGAAGGAAAAAAGUGCAUUCAAGGAAACCUGAAAUGAGUUUGUAAAUAGGGUGUCGGUGGAGUAGCAUUGGCAACGGUGGGUCAGCCUUCACCAUCCUUCCCAUCAAUUGCGUCUUCCCAAAUCCAGCCUGGUUCUUCCCUUCAUCUCCCCCGUCCAUUCUUCCUCUGAUAGAGAUUCUUCAUCUCACCCCCCCGGAACCACCAAAUACAUACUGCAAAAAGAAGCAAACUUCCCUUGCAUUUCUCAUUCCCGUUCCAGAUCUCAACUCAUCUGAUCAUCCACUUCCAUUUCCCUUCAUAAAAUAUUCACUGGUUAGGUUAUCGCCUAGAUCACUUUGAAGAGAAAAGAAAUGGGGCCUUCGUUGAAACUGGUUGGCUUGGUGGUAAUGCUUCUGGCAGCCGCGGCUGCGUCUGUGAGUGGUGAAGCGGAGCAGCUGACAAAAACGCCUCCGACGACUGUGGUGAUGAAGAAGGGAGUGAAGAUAUGCUCGAAAGAGUGGGAGUGCAAACACUCCAAGUUCUGCUGUAAUUUGACCAUCACCGACUUCUUCGAUUCCUACCAGUUUGAGAAUCUCUUCUCCAAGAGAAACUCCCCCGUUGCUCACGCCGCCGGCUUCUAUGAUUACAAAUCUUUUAUCAUUGCCUCCACGGACUACCAGCCAAAAGGAUUCUGCACAACUGGCGGCAAGAAAAUGCAGAUGAGAGAACUCGCCGCUUUCCUUGGCCAUAUUGGUGCCAGAACUUCAUGUGGUUAUGGUGUGGCUACUGGAGGACCAUUGGCUUGGGGUCUAUGUUAUAAUAGGGAGAUGAGUCCUAUGCAAGCCUACUGUGAUGAAAGCUACUCAGUGAUCUAUCCCUGUGCUCCUGGAGCUCUGUAUCAUGGCCGUGGUGCCUUGCCUAUUUACUGGAACUUCAAUUAUGGACGCGUAGGUGAAGAACUAAAUGUGGAUCUCCUGAACCACCCUGAAUACCUUGAACAAAACGCCACCUUGGCUUUCCAGGCUGCGAUGUUGAUGUGGAUGACGCCACUGCGUAAGGGGAAGCCCUCAGCUCAUACUAUUCUUGUCAACACUUGGAGGCCAACCAAGAACGACACUCUAGAAAAGAGAGUUCCUGGCUUCGGUGCUACCAUGAACAUACUCUAUGGUGAUGAAGUAUGUGGCAAAGGUGAGGAUGUUGACGCCAUGAACAGCAUCAUCUCCCAUUACCUGUAUUACCUCGACUUGCUGGGUGUUGGUCGUGAAGAAGCAGGGCCCCAUGAAUUCCUGACCUGUGCUGAGCAGAAAGCAUUCUAUCCAUCCUCCACAACCUCUUCUUCUUGAGGCAUGCAUGUUCAGUGUAAAACAACAUAAUUCAAUAAGGGGGAGCAGUUAAGGUUUCACCUCCUUACACCUUCCGUUUAUGCUACUGCUCUAUACUCACUCAUGAAGCACUCUCUAUAUGUAUUACACUUGGGAUCAUAGUAUCAUAUGUACUGAUGUUGCUGUUCUUAUGGGCUUGCAGCUGCACUAUUGUUUUUUGGGAUUUGUUUGUGCUUGCAUAGUUUGUGUAUCUGUGUAUGAUUUAGUAGUGAGGGUUGGCGUAUUUUAUGUACUAUAAAAAGCAUACACGAACCUAUCAAUUGUGAAGACUUGAAGCUUGUGCGUUAUUUUGGAUAUUAUUUUUUCUCUUAAAGCUGUGUCAGUCAUGAAUAUUUCGGCUAUUAGCCUAGGCAGGACUAAAAGUAUUUUUAAAUGCAAGAGGAUUACAAUUUUUUUUAUUUCCAAAAUAGGAGUAAUAUAUGCCCAUUCUUCAUAUUCAAUCCUUCCUAUAAUUUCUAAAAGAUUUAUUUUAUUAAUAAGUAAAUCAUAGUUUUAUUUAUAUAAAAAUAUAAAAGUAAUAAAAAAAUUAUAAAUAAAUAAUACUCCUUUCGUUUCAAUUUGUUUGACACACUUUACUUUUUUGGCUGUUUCUAAAUGAAUGUCAUACUUAUUUCCUUAUUUGGUAAACAAAUUUAUAUUAAAACAGUGCUAAAUAAUAUCAAAACAGUGUAUUCCACAAUAAAGUUUACCUUCAGUAAUUUGCUUCCUUAAUCUUUGUGAAGUCAAAGUGCGUCAAACAAAUUGAAAUGGAGCGAGUAAAAACACGAAAAAUAAAGAUAAAUUGAACUAAAAAAAAUACAAAAAAAAUAAAAAUAUUUAAAAAAAAUUAAAAAGUAAAAAAAUAAAAUAAAAUUCCAAAAAAUAAAAGAAAAAUCCUAAAAAAUAUUUAAAAACAUGUAGGCCACUGUGACAACUCUGAUCACCUGAAAAAAAAUGUAAUUCUUGUGUAAAGAAAUGCCACAUUCCUCCAAAUGUCAUUAAUAUAACAUUUUUACUCUUUGAAAAUAUAGCUUUCUUUUCAAAUUAUCAUCACGAUGACAUUUUUUUGACUUGGCAUUCUUUUUCAGCAACUCGAGGUGGCGGUGUCGGAAGGUGGUUGAGGCAUGUAAAUUUUUUAUUUAUUUUUUACAUUUUUAAAUUAUUUAUAUUUUAUUAUUAUUAUUAUUAUUAUUAUUGUUAUUAUAUAAAAAUUCCUAUUAAGCAUGACAAGGGAAAGG